CCUAAAUACCUUUCUUGCGUCAUAUACACGUGUGUUGAUUCUUCUCGUUUGUGUUUUGAGGCUGAGCUCCUAUCACUAUCAACCAUUUACAAGUGAUACAUCUCUCUCAUACAUCAAUAAAUACUUAUCUUUCGCUUUUGUUGUUUAUUGAUGCUCCGCCGUUAAAAUGGAAUCCUACGAACUUCCUCCCGAGGCCGAAGCCAUUCGUAAAGAUAUAAGGCAAAUGGUGUCUGAGGCAGAUACAGUAUCGAACAAACAGGAUAAAUCGAAUUCGAUAACAAUAAUGGAAGACGAAAUGGGAAACAAGACUUAUUUGGGAGCCUCACUGACCGAGGAAAUUACCCGGUUAAUAGAGAUAAUGCGGAUCGGACGUGGUUGGGGAUACCGUUUAGUGAAUUUUCGCCAUCAUUCCGUACUCCCAAUUAAACAAGGGCAAGGAUACUUGAUCCCACUAUCUGAGCAAAUCAUGACGGCUCCUGGAGGAAUAUUACAGGAAGGGUUUUAUAAAAUCAUCGUGAAUGAACUCACAAUCAGUGCUGGCGCAAUUGCUAUAUUCAUUCUUCCCUACGAAUUGUGCGAACGAUGAUUGCAGCUCUCUAUUCUUGUAAAAUUGGGAAUACACAACGACUAUGCAGAUAUAUGUGGAUUAAUUCCCAAGAAUAGCCUGAAUACAUGACCAUGUUAUGCGAAUC